CAACAACACUUCAUGCUCCACCGCACCGCCACGGAGCCAAAAAGGUCGAGGCACAUCAAGCCGUGUCUCGGCUGUUGCUACUCUUGGGAAUAGGCAUGUAUAUCAAGGACACUCCCAUGACAGUCUGCUCAGAAGUAGUCAUCACCACUAUCACCACAACAAUCCCCAACACAACCUACCAUCAGCAUGGCCGUCAACUAUACCGCCGUGGCGUGGACGCCGGUAGUCAUGCUGGGCAUUGCAAUCAUCCUUGGCGUUUAUGUUCUGGCCCGUCUCGUACUCGAUCUGUCCAUCCGACGCGGCUUGGUCAACUCGAAGAAGCAUCAAGAUGAUAUCGAAAGCGACGCUCCUUCCCACAGCAGAUUUAGAAUAACAGCAACCCGGUCCGUUGCGCUGGCCGGAGUUAUCUGCUCGCUGCUCAGCAAUAUCCUCGAGCUGGUUAUUCUGUUUGACUACGUUGAUUAUUACGACCUGUCAUAUUUGAAACGGUACACUGCGCUCAACUUCUUUACCAUUGCCGGCGGGCUUUGUCUUUUCGUCACGGCUAUUCUCACCACGAAGGCCCUCGCAUCCCCAUCGAAGGGGCAUUCGAUCUCCCGGAUUGUGUACACGAUUUUGCUUGUCUUGAUCGCUCUUUUCGCGCUGAUCGUUUUCAUCCUUCAGACCGUUAUUAAUUCGAUCAGAAAUUAUGGCUCUCGAGGAACAAACUACUUCAGACUCGCUAGGGCUACCCCCAUUAUCGGCCAUACCUACUUCGGUUUGCUCGGUCUCACGACUCUUGUUAUCAGUAUUGGCUUGAUCAGACGAUGGACCCAAAUCCGUGGCGCUGAGGUUCCCACGGCCGAACGAUCUGCUCUCAAGAUGUUCACAAUUGCUGCCGUGCCCGUUCUGACAGCGAUUAUUGUCCUCGGCAUCGUCUACAGAGCUACCUUCAUCGGCGCGUCGUACUUGUACUACUACUCCUUGAACGACCUUCAUGGGUCAGCCUUGGACGAUUGCCGUGGUUCGAAGAAGACAUAUCGCGAUCUCGUCGAAAGCCUAACGCUACUCCAAAAGUCGCUUGAGCAAGUAGUGAAAAUAUAUCAAGGACCUGAUUUCGCAAGCGGGCUACAGGACCUGGGGGCAAUCGCCCAAGCCACUGUCAACCAGGUCUGCGCAGCUCUUCAGGAGUUUCGAGACCGAAUCAGCAGCAAAUACGGCCCCAGCCUGGCCAGCAACGGGUCAGGGAACGUCUUGAGAGAUGUCACUCGAAAGAUUCAAUGGAAGUUUGAAGAGAAAGAUGUCGAGCAGUUCCGCGCGAAGGUGGCGGGACUCACCGUGUCCUUGAACCUUCUUCUCGAUGUCACGGCUGUACGCCUCAUACAACAAAGCCAGGAGGCAACGGCCAAACGAAUUGACGAUGCCGAGAAAAACACAACCAAGGUAGUUCAAAAAUUUGGACAGUCGAUCGAAAAGUCUUUCAGAUUCAUCGGUUCACGCAUCAUGUCGAAACUCGACUUCCUGUCUUCGAUAGGGAUGGAUCUGAAAGACUCGGCAUUUCAGAUUGUCACCUUGAUGUUCACUAUGUCGAGAGACCUGACCAGCAUGGGGGCAGUUCUCUUGAGGCUUGAGAGAGGUGUCGACAACGGCGAGCACUUUGUGCUUGAAGACGCGACAGGACGCACACUCCCCAUCCACCUCAAGACUAUCACAUCAUGGGAGACAUUCGAGUUCAUCUUGGAUGAUCGGUUCAAGGGGAGGAAAGGGGAGCGCAGAAUUCGACGGAAGCUGUACUCGCUGCACGAGAGUGCCAGUCAUCAGGAAAUCGAUCGAUCGGCCAUAUUUGAAGAUGCCUUCGUGCCCUAUCAAAAGGUUGACAUGAGCAUAGUCUGCAGAGCUCUAGAGGUUCCGCAAGCUGAUAGCUCAGGUGAUACGGGGCUUUCGAGUUGUCCUUGGUGUCGUACCACUUCACCGGGCAAACUGGGAGCUCGUGUGCAAUGUCCAACUUGCAAAAAGAAGUUCACUCGGGUGGUAAUCGAACUAGAUGACGAUCUUGCUGCGCCCAUGGCCCCUGUCACAGAUCACACCGUGAAACCCACUGGAAAACCUGGUCCGAAUGGGGAGGAAUGCAGCGAGUGCCAUCAACCAAAAACACCCAGCGGUAAUGACCAGAGAAGAAAGCAUCCAGUCGAUCUGGAAUCAGACUCUGAUGAAGAAAAUGUUACUGGCUUCGCCCACAUUAUUCUCCAGACCAAGAAAAUGCGAGCCAUCAAACUCAAGGAACCCGCGAUUGUACCGCUUCAGGUGGCAAGCGACCCAAAAAAUCUAGACGUUGCUGGAAUGCAGCACCACACUGCACAUGAGGAGCAUUCUCUAGAGCAACCGGUUCGCAAAUCAGCAGAGCAACAGCCAAAAACUUCAGGCAAGCCCCGACUACCGGCUCCGCGGGCCGCCACCAUUGCAGACGCCGAGAAAUAUGGCAUCCCUUCAGGAUAUUGGCUCAAAAACUGGGACCCCACCGAGGAGCCCAUCCUCCUCCUGGGCUCGGUAUUCGAUGGUAACUCGAUCGGCAAGUGGAUCUACGACUGGACUGUCUAUGACAAGGGCCCGUCAGCACCGAUUUCAGAGAUGGCUGGUGAGAUGUGGCUGCUUCUUAUCAGACUAACCGGCAGAAUCAAGCGAAGUGAAGAGCUGGUAGACAGGAUAGGGGACGAAGAUGACAAGGAGGUUGUGGAAGAGUUUUUGGAGGCGGGUGACCGGUUGAUGGUUAAGUUUCGCAAGCUUCUCAAGGCGUGUGAGAAGCCCAUGUUGGAGACCAAAAAGGAAGGGAAGCUUGGGAUGGAGGCGGGUGUUCAGUUUGUUAGGUGCAUGUUUGGUCGGGAGUUUGAGCUGAAGAAGACGGAGAGGUGGAUGACUUCGGUUAGGUUGUGGAAUUUGAGGUUUGAUGUGAAUUGUGAGGAGGUGAUUAGGAAACCUUGGAUGCAAGUUGCGACUGCGCCAGAAAUGGGUGGCGAGGUUGAUGUGAAGAGCUAGGUGCUUACCGUGGUUUAUUCAUGUUGCACAAUGCCUAUCUAAGCUACCUCAUCUACGGUUAGGUGGUCACGGAUAGGUCCAAAGUUUAAAUUGGAAGUAAGACUUUGUAUUGACGUUUAUCGUGUGCGGUUGUGUGUAUACUCGGUGGUCAUCAUGUCCAACGCAUACAUAUCCAAGAAACAGCAUUACACGUCUCUGAUAUCAUGACUUUUGUGUAUAACAGAAA